CUGAUCUGCAGUGUCUUCCAUGGCCUGUGGCACUCACCUAUGACACUUGGCCUUCUCUGAGGUGGAAGCAGCAUGGUGGUUCUGGCUCUGACACUCUUUGUAGGUGCCAUUGCUGUGUUCUCCGUGGGGCUCCUGCUGUGGGUGAUCUGUAGAAACUUUUGGACAGAACACAUCCCUAAAGGCAUCACUCACCCCGUGCGGCUUCGAAUCCUCAGUUGCCUUCUUCAGCUGACAAUGACCUGGGGGAUGAUCUUUGAGAAGUUGGGACUGUGUUAUGCACCCCAGUUUGCCAGCUUCCUGCAUGAUCUGAAGCCACUCAAGAGAGAUCCUGAUGUUGUGGUCACAAAUCUUCACUUUGGGACAAUCCCUGUGAAGUUGUACAAGCCUAAGGAACCCUCCACCAUCCCAAGGCCUGGCAUCAUCUUCUUCCACGGUGGCGGAACCAUCCUGGGGAGCUUGAGAACCCACCACAAUGUAUGCUUGCGUUUGUCCAAGGACUGUGGCUCUGUCGUCGUGUCAGUGGGAUACAGAAAAUCUCCCAUGUACAAGUACCCAGUGAUGAAAGACGACUGUGUGGCGGCCACUACCCACUUCCUGAAAUCCUUGCAUGUAUAUGGUGUGGAUCCAGAUCGAGUUGUGGUCUGUGGGGACAGCAUAGGAGGGAAUGCAGCGGCUGUGAUUUGUCAAAUAUUUUUGAACCAAACAGAUCUCCCCCGGAUCCGGGCUCAGAUUUUGAUCUACUCCACACUGCAAAGCGUAGAUUUUCAGAGCCCUUCUUAUCAACAGAAUGCCCACAUCCCGCUGCUCACCUGGGACCUGGCCUUUUACUGCUGGUGUUGUCACCUAGGCGUGAGCCCUUCCUGGAAAAGCGUGGUCAAGAAUUGUAUGCAUCUCCCUCCGGAAGUCUGGCAGAAAUUCAGAAAGUGGUUGGGCUCAGAAAACAUCCCAGAGAGGUUUAAGAAGCGAGGCUACCAACCCAUACCUCUGGGGCCUGUGAACGAAGAUGCUUACAGGGAGGCAAACACCGCAACAGACAAUGUCUGUUCACCCCUCCUUGCAGAAGACGACAUAGUGUCUCGGCUCCCGGAAACUUGCAUUGUGAGCUGUGAGUAUGACCUUCUCCGAGACCAUUCACUCCUAUACAAGAAGAGGCUGGAAGACCUGGGGGUGCCUGUGACAUGGCAUCAUAUGGAGGAUGGUUUCCAUGGAGCGCUUAACACCCUCGACUUUGGCUUCCUGACCUUGCCUUGCUCCUCAAGAAUUAUGGAUGUAGUUACCCAGUUUAUUAAAAGAUUUUGACCCUCAUUCCUUCCUGAGGGAGUGCUCUGCCAACCAGGUCUGGGUUCUAGUGUGUGCUCUUUAUGAUGACUAGAGAGGAGGCAGGCUGAGCAGGAUGGAGUGAGGCUCUCUGUCCUUGUUCACUAUUGGGGAAAAUCUGGGCUGACAGUUUUCAGCAUCCAUUUGAGAGACUGAAUAUGUUCAUGAAGCCUGUCCAUAAUCCCCUUAGCUAGAAGUCAGGCUGUCUAGGCUGAGACUGCACGGUAGCUGCAUCUCAAUGACUCGGCCUUGAAAAACAUAGCUGUGUUGUGUGGCAGUCUUGGUGAGCUUUGCCAGAGUGGCUCAGAGUGUAGGAAGAGGUCUCAUGACCAAGUCUGUUGGGGUCGGGGGUGACACUCUCUUACUACCCAGCUUGCUUGAGCUGAAAGUUAUGAGACAGUGGAAACAGAUUACCCAUGGUACUUGGCUUAGAGAGAAACAGGUGAAGAAGAUGAUCUGAGUUGCCUGCCUAAGAGAGCUUACAAGUUCCAGUGUCGGAGUGGAGCUCCCAACAAAAGGCCCUAAAGCAGCAUCAUAAAUAUUGAAUGACCAGAGCAGGACAGAAGCUGUGUCCACGCAAACUCAGACCACGUUCGCACUGGGAAUUCUAGACAGAGCCAAGGGAAUAGUCGUGUUACUGCAAACUAUUUGUUCUAAGACAAAGAAUCAAUGCACAUUGUCUCACAGAGAUGUAAGGUGGAUUGACCGUAUGUAUCAGUGAAAAUUAGGUAUGAGUCAGGUGUGGUCUGAUGUGGGGACUCAGAUAGGACCACUAGCUUACCUUCUCCAGGCUCUGCCCUCCCUACUCCAUGCUGAUGUCUUCAUCUCUCUGUGUGGUGACCCCGAACAAUUCCCUGCUAAGUUCUUUAAAAGCUCUGACAUUUUCCCCAGUAGUCUCAAACAAAAAUUUCAUAGCAGUUUACCGUUUCUACUGGUUUUCUGAUCUGUGUGUGGUGGUUACAACCAAGGGAACAGAAACUUCCGAUCGUUCAGUCCAAGCUCUAUGCUACCCUUGAAGUAGAGUGGAACAGCCUCCCUGGUAUUUGGACUAAGUCAGGGGUUGGAGUGGGAGAAGAAAGAAUACUUCCUACUCGAAGGCUAGAUAGGUGUUGGGUGGACGUUAAUACUCACUCUUACAUGGAAGUGAAAUAGAGGCCUAAAUGAAUCAAAUUUCAUGGAAGCGGUAAGAGAUGCCAGAGCCAAGGUGACCAACUGCCCCUUGGGAGUUCCUUUGAAAGAGAUGACCACAUAGUCCUCCUGCCUUUAGGAGGAUUUGUUCCUUGCUGACCAGUAGCUUCUAAAUGCCAGCAUCCAAGUCCACUCACAGAGGAAUCCAGACCCUCUUGAGCCAUUCACAGCUGGUCAGCAGGUGGCUUUGGUAGAAAAAUAGGAACUAGCCACUGAGAACAUAUAUUGUAGGCAGCAGUGGAAUCCGGGAAGCAUGGUCGUCUCUGACACAGGCCCCUGAGUGGAGGCUGGGCAGGUCUUCAGCCUGGAGGGGGUUCUGUGUUACUCCAGCCGCUGGAGGCAUAAGGGGUGUAGACUGACCUUCUGCACGGAUGCCUGUUGGCCUCCUCUCCUGAGAGGUGGUAAACUGAUAAGCUACUAAAGACCGGGCCUGGUGGGAAUGGCUGGGACAUCUCAGGGCUGAGGUUGCAGUUCCGCAGCUUCUUCCUUCUGUAGAUCAAGGGAGAGACAAAGGAUGCUUUACCUGAGUCACUGGCUGGGGACCCCGGGAGCAAACCUGCAUAACUUUCUGUUCACCCCUUCAUUUCUGCCAUCCCUGCAACAUAUUCAUGAAGGCCCACUCCACGUGUGCAGAACAUUGCACCUCUUUGUUUUUUUGCACGAGUUCUACCGCGUGAGGACUCUUAUCUUUCUUUUUCUUCUUUUUUUUUUUUUUCUCUUUUUCUUAUAGUUUGAGACUGGUUCUCACCAUGUAGCCCAGGCUGCCCUUGUAUUCAUGGUGAUCCUUGCUUCAUGUUUCACUUCAAAGUGGAUAUCAUUUGGGGGAGAGGGACUCAUGCUCUAUAGCCUAAAGUAGCCUAAAACUCACUGUGUAGCCCAAGCUGAGCUUGAGUGUGGCUAUAGUGAUUCUUCUGCCUCAGAAGAAUCUUCUGUCCCCAUUGCUGGGGUGAAAGGUGAGCCAUUGUUGCCAAUAUUCUCAAACCCAUCUUUAAGAUGAGUGAGCUAAGGCUGAAAGAUUAAUAACACUAAUUUCUCAAUUCCUCCCAGUCCAGCUCAAAGCCAGCUGGUUGAGUCAAGACCCAAGUUAUGUGGUCUCCCACACUGUACGUCGUGGUCCCUGACAGGAAAACUUUUGAUUGUAACCCAUGGCCUGUUAGCCCAGAAACGAAGUCCUUUUCCUUCCUGUCGUUCAUAUAAAGGAGACACCAAGCCUGUCAUCUUACUUGAGUUAUUCCCCAGAGAUGUCAGUUUCUAUGUGACCUGAGGCUGAAAACACCCAGUAUUUUUGCUCUGUGUGUCCUGGGCUCCCUGCACUGUAUAUAGCCUUCUUCAAGACUAAACAGCUUUG